AUGUGCGACCGACUACGCACUGGAAUAGACGAUAACCCAGGCGCGGUGCUGGAUGAGCACAAGCGCGCCGACGCCAUAUUUUUACGUCAAAUGUUUCACGAGCUCAAGAAUGCGGACUUAGCUAAAGAAAGGGUCCUUACCGAAAAGUACCAUAUGGCGACCUCUGCCCAUGCUUCUACCGGCACUGCCGGCUCUUCUGCUGCCUUGUUACGGGCUCCCAUGGCACUCAAGGUUCACCGUGAGUUUAUCGCUGCUCGCAGUGCGGCAGCUAAAUUCGACAAGGACAUUAGUGAGGGUGAAACCGGGUCGUCCUAUUUUUUUCGGGCACCCUCCACCGUCAACUUCGCUGUCUCCAUCCCAAGCGUAUCGCUCCCUGAUGGCUCGUCAACCACUGAUCCUGAUGAAAUGGCUGCCAUCCACCGGGGUUAUUGGGGUAAUCUUUACCGCAGCCCUUCUCGCGACAUUUUACCUACUCUACCUCUGUCACCCUUUCAACCGUUGGAGCUUCUUCGGCUGCUCCGUUACACAACCUCCUCGGUCCCUGCAGCUUCACGGCUUCAUCUUGAGGCACCAAUGACGGCGAACGACUUCUACUGGGCUAUUCGAUCGUCUUUUAAAGGUCGGUCCAUCGGCCUUGACGGUUUGCCAGUCGAAUACUAUCAGCUCAACCCGCAUUCUUGGGCACGUAUUUUUGAACUCGUGUACGCGAACCAAUUUCGUCUGGGGCGCAUUGUUGAUGGUAUGGCACGGGAGUGA